AACAGGAGCCAGCCCCACUUCCUCCUGUCUAUCUCCGCUUCUGCGAGUCUGCUGCGUUUUCUUGACCUACAUCGGCCAAGUCCACCGACUAGUACAUCUAUAUGUCAGAUGAUGCUGUGAGGGUGGUUUUUGUAAAUACCACCCGCUAUGCAUUGCUUCUGGUUAAUUCUAGGCGUGUAGGUGUCUGUUUGUGAAGGCAGAAAAAGUGAAUAAGAGGAAGCUAGACGACUGCAGAGCAGAUAGGAGGCCACGGUUUCCAAACACAUACUCACAUCACCGCGGCCUUCAUGGUGAUGUAUGCAAGGAAAGCGAUAAGAGUCGGCGAUGGGUGCAAUGACAGAAGGGAUUCGCAAUCCUACCAGACCCACAAAUCUCAGCCAAAGAGCCAGUCCAGCAGCCUUCACCGCUAUGACAAGACACGCGAUGGCUCAUCAGACCCCACACCUCCGUACAAGGUGCUGCGCAGGUCAGAUGAGAGUCCUGUUAGCAGACAUGGGGACAACACAGCUCAUAACAAGGCUAAACUCUCCCACACAGUUAGAGGAAAAAAUGGGACCAGUGGCUCUCCUCAGGAGAAUUCUCACAACAGUUUCCAUCACAGUUCUGAGUCACAUGCCACUCAGAACAAGCCCACAGAAAGAGACCCAGCAGAUGACUGGACAGAACACAUCAGUUCUUCUGGAAAGAAAUACUAUUACAACUGUAGGACUGAGGUCUCUCAGUGGGAGAAGCCUAAAGACCUUCUGGAGAGGGAGCAACGACAAAAAGACAAGACUGUGGCCAACAGUUUCCCCAGAGACAUGGACUACAGACAAGAAGCUUUGCAGGACAAAGCUACUUCAAAGCCUUCAGGAGACCAGUCCACAUCAUCCAACUCUGGACAUUCCUCCUCUGGUCAGAGUGUGAACCCUGCUGCUGCCGCUGCUGCUCUGUCCUCGUCCUCUUCCUCGUCCCUGUCCGCGGUGCAGUUGGCUCAGUCCCAGGCUCUGCUUCAGGACCCAGCUCUCCUCCAUCAGCUCCUCCUGCAAAUGAACAAUGGGGGGAUGGACAGGGCGAAGCUCAAUGAGAUCUUGGCAGCUGCCGUCACCCAAGCUUCCUUGCGGUCUGUGCUUCAUAAGCUCCUCGCUGCUGGACCUGCUUUCAACAUCACUGCUCUGCUCUCAGCCGCUCAGCACUCCAACCCAGUGUCAGCUCAGCACUCCGGUCAGUCCCCAGUUUCUCUAACGUCUGAGGCCUCUUCACCGCAGACCUACGUCUCACCUCGUAAUGGCACUCCACAGAGCAACCAGAAAUCUGCGAUGGGCCCACCUGCUGGCACGCUUACAGCUACACAAUGCAGAGGCACUUUGUCUUCAGGAAAACCAGGUUCAGUUAUGUCACAGUUAGGAGACAAACGUCCUGAGGAUCCCAGAACUUUCCAACAAAGGAGCCAAGACGUUCAGGGCUCAGGAUCAAACGUUUCCACUACUGCAUCAUCACACAUUCCCUCUGGUCAGUCCCAGGCUGACGCCCCCUCCACCUACACCCCCACACUGGCAACUCAUUUUGAUGAGAACCUUAUCAAACAUAUCCAAGGAUGGCCUUCAGAGAACACAGAGAAACAGGCGUCACGGUUGCGGGAGGACAUGUACAACAUGGGCAGCCUGUACAUGUCUGAGCUGUGCACAGAGAUGAAAAACCUGCGCUCACUAGUUCGUGUGUGCGAAAUCCAGGCCACACUCAGAGAACAGAGAGUUUUGUUUCUGCGGCAACAAAGCAAAGAGCUUGAGAAGCUUAAGAACCAGAACUCCUUUAUGGUCUGAGGUUGUGGGCCACAAUGGGGGCAUCAGAGUAAUCUCAAAGUACGGACUACAACCUGUUCAGCCAAAUGCAGAACAGUAAAGCCCAUUAAACCUGUAGAUUUUUGUUUAUUUUAAGUUGUUUUUUUUCUACUGCCUGUCACAUGAAUUAAAACAUGAGGAUUUUUACCAGUGGAUACAGAGAACCUGAAGGGUUUUUUCAGAAUACUUUCGGACCAUGGACUGCGUGUGUAUUGUACUGGGUUUACCUGUUUUCUGGCGUGUUUUGAUGUGUAGUUGUCAUAAAAAGAUUUCUGGACCAUCUCAUGAGCAGUUUGGAUACCUGUGCAAAUUUUUUGCAUUGAAAUUGAGUGGCUGAAUGGUAGUAUUGUUACUAAUAUUAUUUUUUACUCACUUCACUUAUCAUUGGUUAUUCUAAAGUGUUUCACACGAGAUUAUUCCAGGCCUUUGGCUAGACUUGUUUGAAUAUUUUAGUUAAUCUCAUAGAUCAGAUUUUUGCAUUGGUGCUUGAAUUGUACAAUGCGUUUUGAUUAGUCAUAUUUAAUCCACUUUACAAAUCUGAAAGAUCUUUGGACCUACAUUGGUUACAAAUAAGGUUGUAUUGGUUUUAAAGCAACGUACCGAAAUCCACACAUUUUGUUUUGUUUUCUCCAAGGAAAAUUGGAGAUUGAUUUCAUUCCUUUUGUGCAGCUUUGAAAGAGAUUGUUUGAGAUUCUUAAAGUGACUGCAUUUGCAGUCAUUUGAAUUAUUGUUGCACACCUUGAUUACGUCCACGUAGUCAGAAUGCAAAUGAUUGAUGAAAAGACUAGCUGAAAUAAAAUAUUGACUUAUUGUUUGAUUUACAUAAUUAAUUCAGCUGUACAGGCUGAAGCCAUUUAUUGAACUGUACGACUAGGGAUAGGCUUUUAUAUAAAUUUGACUCAUACACUUCUCUGCUCUUCUUUUUGCUGUCUGCACACUUUGGGGAGGGAAGGGGGAACAAUUGGGGGCUUUGUAUUCCAUUAAAUAUGAGAAUAAAUAUUAUACCACAC